AUGAAGCGUUUUAAUUGUUUCAGUUUACGUUCAUUUGGCAUUGUUGUUGCCGGCUUUGAUAUCAUCGUAGCGUUGUGCACGCUAGCACUGUGCUCCUACUAUCUUUGGACCGACUAUGUGCAUGUGUCAUAUUGGCCACAGGACGAUGUGAAAAUAUUGAAUCCGCUAAGUAAUCUCAUUGCAAUUGUUGUUGAUUAUGUACUCGUGCAUAACUUCUCCAAUGCUUUCUAUAUGGUUCUGGCAGUUACCAUUUGGGUAAAAUCGUUGAUUAAUUUGGUGGUCGCUUCUAUACUUAUAGAUGGUAUUAGAAAGCAACGUCUUGUUUGCAUUGCUCCCUGGCUCAUUAACACCACGAUUUCGAUUGGCAUUGAGAUAGCCGUAUUUGUAUUCAUCGAAAUUAAAAUGAAUGAAUUCGAAGAGGAAAUAGCAUUGGACCGGCGCAUAGUACACAGUGUGAUUUUUGGCGUAUUUAUGGUUUUCAAUGCGCUCUCUUUAUUCGGCAUUUUUGCACUAUACAAAAUGCUCAAGGCAACGGUCAAUGAGAAUCGUACGUUACAGGAGAGUAUUGUGGAAGCAGCUGGACUUUAUCAGCAUGUUAAAGUUUAAAUUUAGCG